GAAACCGCGUCAUGGAAAGCAAGAAAUUCUACACAGUCUAUGCCCAACUUGAACUUUGCAUCAUGUGACCCUCUGUGAUCUCAGCAACCCACACUGCCUCCUUCUUUAUUAUUCCCUUCCCUCCUCUCUCUCUCUCUCUCUUUCUCUCUCUCUAAUCUACAAAUAUUUCACUUCAGAUCCAUGUCCAAACCAAACCCACUAAGCUUCUGGGUCUUUGGGUCUUCCUCCCUUCCAAGUAUAUGUCAGAUUGGUUGGGGCACACCUAAGUGACAAUAGCCAUAUUGAUAUUGUCCAAAUAUGGCUCCAUCAGUGUACUUCCCACCCCGCAGAAGCCUGCUCCUGGCUCUCCACCUCGUUCUGUUCCUCUUCGCCUCCGGGGCUCAUCGGCUCGAUGCCAGCUCGGGCUCUUCGGAGGCUCAGGUUCGAGGCGAGAGGCUGGUCCGCGGAUUCAGAGGUCGGAUGCUGUUGGAAAUGGAUGAAUUGAAAGAAGAGGAGGAAGAGCCAGUUGUGCCCAAGAAGAAAGUGAAACCCCCCAUUGCCAACAACAAGUCUUUGUCCCCGAAGAACCAAACCAAGUCGGCCGCCAAACAGCCCGAGGAUGGCCUUUCCCUGAAGAACCAGACCAAGUUGCUCAAACCCAACAAUGGCAUAUCCCCCAAGAACCAAACCAAGACCCUCCUCAAGCUCGCCAAUUCGACCAAGCCGAAAUCGUCCAACCUUGGAGGAAGUGAGCUCAAGAAGCUCAACUCCACCUCCUCCCUCAAGCUCAAGAAGCUCAAUUCCACCUCCAAUGCCAAAUCCUCAAACUCCACGAAGGGCUCCUCGUCCUUUAACAAGAAGAACCAGCUGGAUCUGAUCAAGCUGGCCUCCCCCAAGAACAAGACCGCCAAGUCCGCAAGCUCCGAGGAACCCGAAAUCAAGAAAUCCCCCAAGAAGGCCCAGCCGGAAUCAGAGCAGGUCCCCAAGGAGACCAAGAUCCCGAAGCCGAAGCCGAAGCAGCAGCCCUCCUGGGUGGACCAGGAUGAGGACGAAGACCUCGCAUCGGAGUUCCGGGACCUCCCGACGCGUUUCCAGCAGACUCUGAUACCGGACCUCGAGAGGAUCUCCACCACAUCCAAGGCCUACCUCACCAAGGCCAACAAGCAGAUGACCAAGGGAUUCAAGCCGUAUGUUGGCAACAAGUACGCCCCGACAAUCGCCUCGGUUGUCUCCUGUGUUUUCAUCCUCAUCCCCCUCCUAUUGGUCUCCCUCAUCUUCAAUAGGAUCAAGGCCUACUUCUCCCUCCAGAGGCUCCUCAUCUUCGUCCAAAUCUACCUUUCCAUAUACUUUUCUAUUCUGUGCUUGUCGUCCCUCACCACCGGGCUCGAGCCGCUCAGGUUCUUCUACGCCACGUCACCGUCCACGUACGUGUGCAUACAGGUCAUGCAGACGCUCGGGUACGUGCUGUACCUGCUGAUGCUGUUGAUGUAUUUGGUGCUGGUGUUCUCGACCGACUGCGGGCUGGGCCCGAAGUUCCUUGGCCUGGCCCAGACCUUCGUGGGCUACGCCGUCGGGCUGCAUUACUACGUUGCGGUGUUCCACCGGAUGGUGCUGCGCCAGCCCCCCAAGACCAAUUGGAAGGUCCAUGGGAUCUACGCCGUGUGCUUCCUCCUGAUCUGCUUGUUUGCCCAGGCUGAGAGGCGGAAGAAGGCUUACCUGGAGGACGGCGGCGAGGAGGGCAAGAAGAGUUGAGCUAGCUAAUAUCGCAGCGGACCAACAGAUUCCGAAAGCAUGAACAGAUUUAUUCAAGUUAAGAGAUGUAUCUACCCGAACGUCAAAAACUAUAAGACCAUGGUCUCUGCCAAUCAUAAUUUCUCGCCCGCGUGCAAGAAGGGCUGAAGUAUGUGGAUAUCGACGCGACUGGGUGAGAUUCAUUUGAUACGUCGCCAUUAGCUUAGAAGAUGGGAGGUGUUAUUUCGAUUCAACAGUUGUAUAAUUUUUUGUAAUAAUUUGGCAAUGUAGCAUUGGUCAUAUGCCAAGUAACACAGUGACCAAAACAUUGCAUCUCAAUCAAAAAUCAAUGCUCUGGCAAAAAAAUAAAAAAUUAAUGCAGCAAGCUUUUGGUCCAUGUCAAGAAGAAGUUGACAUGGGACCCUUUUUCUGUUGUUAUCCUCCCUCUUUUUAUUUGGAUGAACAGUAUCCUUAAGCUUGUGUUCAA